AGUGACACACCUAAGUACUUGCCAUGGAUAUUACUAAAAUGAAUGAAUUUAUUAUAAAUUUCAACCUUAAUGACUGUAAACCUCAUGGCAACCAGGGGUAUAACCGAGUGCUCCUGCAGCUGUUCGGUUACUUAGGUCACGGUAAGUCGUCUUUUAUCAACACCUGUAAGUACGUCCUGGGUUGUAAAGAUGAAUGGCACGCAGAUGUUGCUCGCUCAGAUGGAGGGAAGACCACACAGAGAAAAGCAUACCCGCUCACAAGAAACAUCACUCUGGUAGAUAACCGAGGCUGCGCAAAGAUGAGCGACCAAGAGACAGGGGAAAUUUAUGCUCAGCUCGGAAAUCUGUUGCCUCUGUAUACGGAGGUGCAGUGGCAGAAUGGGUAUCGGGGCAUAAUGAAUCGCAUAGUGGAAACGGACAUGAAUGCAAAUUACUCAGACUUUGUAGUGCCGGUGUUUAUAUACAGCGUUAAGAAGGGAAUAUCGACAGAAGAAAUGCCGAACAUAAAGACAUUGCUUGAUAAUGACAAGAAACUGACCGGAGUAGCCCCUAUUGUGGUUCUCACUUUUAAAACUCAAGGAAAUCUGAUGGAUGUUGAAACAAAGUUUAAAAACAUUGGAACAGAUCACAUAUUUAAACUUGAGAACUAUACUUGGCCUGAUGGCAUUCAGCAAAACUACGCAAGACAAAAUGAAGUUCUAACGUUCCUGUGUGAAGCUUUGAAGAAUGUUCAAUAUCACAUGAGAGAUUGGAGGAAUCCUGACGAUGAGAGAGAACAACGCAAGUUAUUUUUGCUGGAGUUUACACAUGAAACCGAGAAGAAGGUGGAAAGGCUGAGGAAGGAGAGGGAAUUGGCAUUGGAACGGGAACAAGUCUGGCAGAUUCAGAGAGAGAUGGAAAAGAUAGCAAUGGAAAGAAGAAGGCAGGAAAGGCUGGCAGACAUAUUGAGAGCAGCAAACAUAUGGGAAGUGGAAGAAGAAAAAAUCUGCACUAUUUUAUAAAGAUGUUAAAUCAAUAACAUAACGUAAAGUACAAUAAAUCUUUAAAGGGACAGUCUACUCCAUAAUUUGUAUUGUUUAAAAAAUAUAGAUAAUCCCUUUAUUACCCAUUCCCCAGUUUUGCAGAACCAACACUGUUAUAUUAAUAUACAUUUACCUUUGUGAUUACCUUUAUCUAAACCUCUGCAGACUGCCCCUUAUCUCAGUUCUUUUAAGAGAUUUGCAUGUUAGACAAUCAGUGCUGACUGAGCACAAUGUUAUCUAUAUGUUACACAUGAACUAACGCUUUAUAGCUUUAAAAAUUCAUAAAAAUGCACUCAGAUAAGAUGCGGCCUUCAAGGGCUUAGAAAUAAGAAUUUAAUUCUACCUAGGUUUAUCUUUCAAUUAAGAAUACCAAAGAACAAAGCAAAUUGGAUAAUAAAAGUAAAUUGGAUAGUUGUUUAAAAUUGCAUGUCCUAUCUGAACCAUGAAAGUUAUAUUUUGACUGUUCCUUUAAGCUUUUAACCAUUUCUUACCUCUCACGGGUUAACUAUGAUGUCCUAGAUAUGUAGGUAUAUUUGUAAACUUAUAGCAACUCAACUAGAUGCAACAUUUGACAAAUUCUUAUAAAUACAAACAAGGCAAUGCAUUAAAAUAGCAAAAUAUUCCAAACUUAUAUAAUCAACAAUUAAGUGCAUAAUUAUAAUACAAUGCAAUAUCGCUUACUCUGAAUUUUAAAUGACCUGUAGUAAUCUGACAUAUGUAAUCAUUUAUUUCAAUUUGCUGGCAUAUUGUGCCAUGUGACAAUUAUCAGCCAAUCACAGAUCAAUAUGUGUAUACACUGUAAAUUUUUGCACAUUCUCAGUUGCAGUUGGUGCCUCAGAAAGUGUGUGUAUUUAAAGAUUGUGCACAAUUUCAUAAUGGAAGUGAAAUGUAAAAUUAAUUAAUUGUGACUUUAAUGUACCUUUAAAACAAAGCGAAUAAUAAAAAACAGAAACAAUAAUUGACUAUUAAUAUAUUGUAUGUGUUUGAAGACCAUACUUUAUCUACUUGAUCAUUUUAAUUGUCUGUGUUACUUACCACUUACAAGGUGCAAGCAAUUUUUUGCAGCAGUUCAAAAAAUAUGUUGUGCUUUUGAAAAUUGAUGUGCGCCAAUACAUUUUUGUUUGUGUAAUUACUGGGUCAUAUUGGCAGCACUCCCAAAGAUGUGUAUAUAAACUUUUUGUAAGGUGUGCUACACCAAAUUGUGUAUUUGUAUUUAAACAGACUGACCAACUCCCAUUGGUUAAAGCACCCCACCCAAGCUCAGGUGUGCUCAUGACAGUGUAAUAGAGUUGUGAAUAUUUAUCCAGGGAGUCUCAUUCUAUUAUGGAGUAAAAGCAGGAAUGAUUCAGCCUUCUGUGGCAAAGGACUGUAGUAUUAGGACCAGUCUAUAUCGGGGCACCUUGUAAGUGGUGACUGGCUAAACAAAAUAUGGCCAUAUUGUGUGACUAAGAUCCCAAUUUUAUUUAAAAAAAAUAGUUGUCUCUUGAUGUUGUUUGCAGGCAAUUUUACCUGGUGGUUUUAAUCGUAAUUAAAUAGUAAUUUAAUAGUAGUGGUUUUAAUCAAGUGGAAUAACCUUUUGUAAUUACUUCAUUGUUACUAUUCUAACGUUAUCACUUACCAUGUCAAAGCAUAUUAUGUACUAAUACUUUAAUUGUAGCUACAUUGUUGCUGUUUACGAUGUUACAUCUAGUAUUUUCAAAUACAUAUAAACAAUAUUAUAUGGCUCUGGUAGUUUCUUUAUAAUACAAAUUAAACUGUCAAAUUUGAAUUGGGUAAAAUGGAUAUCUGUGAGGUCUCUUUGAACCAAUGUUCUCAACUUUUAAAACACUUUAGGUUGUGGUGUUAUAUUAGGUAGUCACUAUGUAUUUCUGUGUAUUUUAUGAUAAAUGUUAAAAGAGUUCUACAUUUUGUAUGAAUUAAAUAUUAAUUCUGUUGUAUACAUUAUGUUUUUAGAUUGUCUUGAAAAAGGCUAAAACUGUAGCCAAAACGUUGACUGACACUUUAUGAUGAUUUAUAUGCAAUAAAGAUAUUUUCCUUUCUCAA